AACCUGGAGAGGAAGUAUUUAUUGUUCCCGGGCGAAGAGAACGGGGCAGCCGGUGGGAUCCUUCCUGGGGAGCAGCUCUGCGUCCUUUCCAACCAUGUCACCAAAGAAAGCCAAGAAGAGAGCCGAGGGCGCCAACUCCAACGUGUUCUCCAUGUUUGAACAGACCCAGAUCCAGGAGUUUAAGGAGGCCUUCACAAUCAUGGACCAGAACAGAGAUGGCUUCAUCGACAAGAACGACCUGAGAGACACUUUUGCCGCUCUGGGGCGCGUGAACGUGAAAAACGAGGAGAUCGAGGAGAUGCUGAAGGAGGCGCCGGGCCCGAUCAACUUCACCGUGUUCCUGACCAUGUUCGGGGAGAAGCUGAAGGGGGCGGACCCCGAGGAGACCAUUCUCAACGCGUUCAAGGUGUUCGACCCCGAAGGCAAAGGGGUGCUCAAGGCUGAUUACGUCCGGGAGAUGCUGACCACGCAGGCGGAGCGGUUCUCCAAGGAGGAGAUCGAGCAGAUGUUUGCGGCCUUCCCCCCGGACGUGACGGGCAACCUGGACUACAAGAACCUGGUGCACAUCAUCACCCACGGGGAAGAGAAGGACUGAGGGGCUGGUCGCCGGGCCGGGCCCGUCGGGGGGAGGGUGGUCCCUGCCCUCCUCUCACUUUGCCCAGGGAAGCCGCGUCCCGGCCCUGGUCUGGUGGCCGAGUGGUGGCCUCAUUUAUCCGUGUCCGUUGUCUCUGCAGCCGGGCUGGCUUAGCGACGCCCCCAGCCUGUAGGGGGGCCGCCCCGAGGCCGCGUGCAAAUAAACAGGAGACCGCGUA